UCCCAUGUUCCCUUUUUUAUUUUAUUAUUUUGGAACAUUUAGUUAUUUUGAAUUUGGUCCAUUUUCCAUCCACAUUCAUCCCAUAUCUUUGCAAAUAUAUUUGCAACCACUUUCAGUAACAAAUCACGUACCCAUCAUUUAUCUCACGUACCCAUCAUUUAUUUCACGUCUGAUAACUUCCUAUCUCACGUUCUGAUAACAAGUUAAGAGCUCUGUGAUGGACAGACUCUAUAAAUAGGAUGGGGUGCUCUCAGUUUUGUAUCACCAAACCCACUUCUCUAUUCAGAAAAAUACAUCAUCUAUUCAGAGUGAGUAAGGGUCUGGAAGAACAAAACUGUCUUUCAGGUUCGUGUGUACGCCGCUUCCCGUUCAAUUUGCAAUGGCUGGAGUUUCACAAUCUAUGAAUAUUUCUUGUGACCUUCCAAUUUUGAAAGGUGAUAAUUAUAAGGUUUGGAAGCAAAGAGUUCUCCUUCAUUUGGGCUGGAUGGAUAUUGACUAUGCUAUAAGGAAGGAUGAGCCACCGGCUAUUACUGAAACUAGCGAACCUGAUGCUGUUGAUCUUUAUGAAAAGUGGGAGAGAUCUAAUCGUCUCUCCGUUAUGUUCAUAAAAACCAACAUAUCCGCUAGUAUCUGGGGUUCAGUUGACCAGCAUGAUAAGGUCAGAGAUCUGUUGAAAGCCAUUGAUGAACAGUUUACGACCUCUGAGAAGUCGCUUGCUAGCACACUCAUUAUGCAAUUCUCUUCCAUUAAGCUUACUGGAACGAGGGGUGUGCGUGAACAUAUCAUGUGCUUAAGGGACAUAGUGGCUCAGUUGAAAACCCUGGAAGUUACCAUGUCUGAAUCCUUCCUGGUACAUUUCAUUUUGUGCACCCUACCUCAACAGUAUACACCCUUCAAAAUCUCCUACAACACACAUAAGGAUAAAUGGUCUAUUAAUGAAUUGAUGACCAUGUGUGUUCAAGAAGAGGAGAGAUUGAUAAUGGAAGAGGGUGAGAAGGUAAAUUUGACUACUUCUACUUCUGGAAAGGAUAGGAAGAAGUCUGUAGGCACCAAUAAAGGAAAGAUUCCGACUCAACCAACAAUUAAAAAGGAGUCAAAGUGUUUCUUCUGUAAAAAGAAAGGACAAAUGAAGAAGGACUGCCCCAAAUUUAAAAGUUGGUUUGAGAAGAAAGGGUAUGGAAAGCCUAAGGAAGCCAGUGGGAAGUGAGCAGUGCAUCUACUCA